GGACGAGGGACCGGGAGAGCCGGCCGGCGGGCGGGAUGGCCGGGAACAGCCUGGUGCUGCCCAUCGUGCUGUGGGGCCGCCGCGCCCCCACGCACUGCGUGUCCUCCCUGCUGCUCAUGGACGGCGCCACCGUCAUCGUCACCGGCUGCCACGACGGCCAGAUCUGCCUCUGGGACCUCAGCCCGGACCUGCAGAUUAAUCCCCGAGCUCUGCUGUUUGGUCACACGGCCUCAGUUACUUGUUUAUCCAAGGCCUCAGCUUCCAGUGAAAAACAAUAUAUAGUGAGUGCAUCCGAGAGUGGGGAGAUGUGCCUGUGGGAUGUGAACGAUGGGAGAUGCAUCGAGUUCACCAAACUGGCCUGCGCACACACGGGAAUUCAGUUCUAUCAGUUCACAGUCGGCUCGCAGAGGGAAGGGAGGCUCCUAUGCCACGGGCAUUAUCCCGAAAUUCUGGUGGUGGAUGCCACCAGCCUGGAAGUUCUUUAUUCCCUGAUAUCCAAGAUCUCUCCUGACUGGAUCAGCUCCAUGAGCAUCAUCCGAUCCAACAGGACACAAGAGGACACCGUGGUGGCCGUUUCCGUGACCGGCAUCCUGAAAGUCUGGAUCAUCACCUCGGAAGUCAGUCGGCUCCAGGAUACCACGCCCGUGUUUGAGGAGGAAUCCAAGCCCAUCUACUGCCAGAACUGUCAGAGCAUUUCCUUCUGCGCCUUCACCCAGCGCUCGCUUCUGGUCGUGUGCUCCAAGUACUGGAGAGUUUUUGAUGCUGGGGAUUAUUCCCUCUUAUGUUCAGUUCCCAGUGAAAACAGUCAGACCUGGACUGGUGGGGACUUUGUGGCAGCUGACAAAGUGAUUGUGUGGACAGAGGAUGGACAAAGUUUCAUCUAUAAAUUACCAGCCAGCUGCCUCCCAGCCAGCGACUCGUUCCGCAGGGACGUGGGGAAAGCCGUGGAAAACCUGAUCCCACCUUUGCUGUACAGCGUGUUGGACAGGGCAGAGAAACAGCUCCUGAUAUGUCCUCCAGUCACUCGCUUCUUCUGUGGCCAGGGAGAGUUCUCCUACAAGCUGCUGAUCCAAGGAGACUCCUCGGGGAGAUUGUGCAUCUGGAGCGUGCCCGACGCUCUGGAACAGCGAGAGAGUGCAAGAGGCCUGCCAAGCACCACCUCCAUCUCCCUGCAGGAAGCUUUCGACGAGCUGAGCCCUCGCCCCGCGGGCAUCAUCGACCAGCUGAGCGUGGUGCCCGGGCUGGGCGAGCCGCUGCGGGUGACGGCCAGCGUGUACAUCCCGGCCCACGGGCGCCUGGUGUGCGGCCGCCAGGACGGCAGCGUGGUCAUCGUGCCCGCCACCCAGACCGCCAUCGUCCAGCUGCUCCAGGGAGAGCACAUGCUCCGCAGGGGUUGGCCGCCCCACCGGACGCUGCGGGGCCACCGGAACAAGGUGACGUGCCUGCUAUACCCUCACCAGGUGUCCUCCCGCUACGACCAGCGCUUCCUGGUCUCGGGAGGGGUGGACUUCUCCGUCAUCGUCUGGGACAUCUUCUCGGGGGAGAUGAAGCACAUCUUCUGCGUGCACGGCGGCGAGAUCACCCAGCUCCUCGUGCCGCCCGACAACUGCAGCGCCCGAGUGCAACACUGCGUCUGCUCCGUCGCCAGCGACCACUCGGUGGGCCUGCUGAGCCUGCGGGAGAAGAAGUGCAUCAUGUUGGCCUCCCGCCACCUCUUCCCCAUCCAGGUCAUCAAGUGGAGACCCGCCGACGACUACCUGGUGGUGGGCUGCUCCGACGGCUCCGUGUACGUCUGGCAGAUGGACACCGGCGCCCUGGACCGGUGCGUGAUGGGCAUCACGGCGGUGGAGAUCCUGAACGCCUGUGACGAGGCCGUGCCCGCCGCCGUGGACGCCCUCAGCCACCCCGCUGUCAACCUGAAGCAGGCCAUGACCCGCCGCAGCCUGGCCGCCCUCAAGAACGUGGCCCACCAGAAGCUGCAGACCUUGGCCACCAACCUCCUGGCUUCCGAGGCCUCCGAUAAGGGGAAUUUACCCAAAUACUCCCACAAUUCCCUGAUGGUCCAGGCCAUCAAGACCAACCUGACAGACCCCGACAUCCACGUGCUGUUCUUCGACGUGGAGGCCCUGAUCAUCCAGCUGCUGACGGAGGAGGCGUCCCGGCCCAACGCCGCCCUCGUCUCCCCGGAGAACCUCCAGAAGGCCUCCGGCGCCUCCGACAAGGGCGGCUCCUUCCUGACCGGCAAACGGGCGGCCGUACUCUUCCAGCAGGUCAAGGAGACCAUCAAGGAGAACAUCAAGGAGCACCUGCUGGAUGACGAGGACGACGAGGACGACGCGCUGAGGCAGAGGAGGGAAGACGGCGACCCGGAAUAUCGCGCCAGCAAAUCCAAACCGCUCACCCUGCUGGAGUACAACCUGACCAUGGACACGGCCAAGCUCUUCAUGUCCUGCCUGCACGCCUGGGGCCUCAACUCUGGGCUGGACGAGCUGUGCCUGGAGCGCCUGGGAAUGCUGAAGCCUCACUGUUCCGUGUCCUUCGGCCUCGUGUCCAGAGGAGGCCACAUGUCCCUGAUGCUGCCCGGCUACAACCGGCCCGUGGGCGGAGCGGGCGGGGAGCCGGGCGGGGAGCCGGGCGGGAAGGUGUCCGGCGCCGAGGGACCGGGCAAGGGCACCUACGGCGUGUCCCGCGCCGUCACCACCCAGCACCUGCUCUCCGUCAUCUCCUUGGCCAACACCCUGAUGAGCAUGACCAACGCCACCUUCAUCGGCGACCACAUGAAGAAAGGGCCCACCAGGCCACCCAGACCCGGCACCCCCGAGCUGGCCAGAGCGAAGCCACCACCCCCUCCCGUUUCCAGCCAAGGACAAAUUAAACAAGUUGCUCCUGCUGCUCCUUCUAACCUGGAAUCUGGGCACUCUGACACUGCUCCUCCUUUACAUUCCUGUUUCUUAGUCAAUGAAGGCUGGAGCCAGCUGGCAGCCAUGCACUGUGUGAUGCUCCCGGACCUGCUGGGCCUGGAGAAGUUCCGCCCCCCUCUCCUGGAGAUGCUGGCGCGCCGCUGGCAGGACCGAUGCUUGGAGGUGCGGGAGGCGGCGCAGGCGCUUCUCCUGGCCGAGCUGCGGCGCAUCGAGCAGGCGGGACGCAAGGAGACCAUCGACGCCUGGGCCCCCUACCUGCCCCAGUACAUGGACAGCGUCAUCUCCCCUGGAGUGCCCACAGAAGCUGCUCAGACUGGCACUGCCAGCCCAGAAUCCGUGGGCACAGAGGGCAAAGUGCAGGAGGAGGAGCAGGACCUGGGGGAUGAUGAUAUUGCAGCGGGGUGUCUCUCGGGCCUCCCCCAGCCCAAGAAGGUCUCCACGUCCUACGAGGAGCGGCGCAAACAGGCCACGGCCAUCGUCCUGCUGGGGGUCAUCGGGGCCGAGUUCGGCGCCGAGAUCGAGCCCCCCAAACUCCUGACCCGGCCCCGCAGCUCCAGCCAGAUUCCCGAGGGAUUCGGCCUCACCAGCGGCGGAUCCAACUAUUCCUUGGCCAGGCACACGUGCAAGGCGCUGACGUUCCUGCUGCUGCAGCCGCCCAGCGCCCGGCUGCCGGCGCACUCCACCAUCCGCCGCACCGCCAUCGACCUCAUCGGCCGCGGCUUCACCGUCUGGGAGCCCUACAUGGACGUGUCCGCCGUGCUCAUGGGGCUGCUGGAGCUCUGCGCCGACGCCGAGAAGCAGCUGGCCAACAUCACAAUGGGGCUGCCCCUGAGCCCAGCGGCCGACUCGGCGCGCUCGGCGCGGCACGCGCUGUCCCUCAUCGCCACCGCCCGCCCGCCCGCCUUCAUCACCACCAUCGCCAAGGAGGUGCACCGGCACACGGCGCUGGCGGCCAACACGCAGUCGCAGCAGAACAUCCACACCACCACCCUGGCCCGGGCCAAGGGCGAGAUCCUGCGGGUCAUCGAGAUCCUCAUCGACAAGAUGCCCACGGACGUCGUGGACCUGCUGGUGGAGGUGAUGGACAUCAUCAUGUAUUGCCUGGAAGGAUCUUUAGUGAAGAAAAAGGGCCUUCAGGAAUGUUUUCCGGCCAUCUGCAGGUUCUACAUGGUCAGUUAUUACGAGCGGAGUCACCGGAUCGCCGUGGGAGCCCGGCACGGAUCCGUGGCGCUCUACGACAUCCGCACCGGGAAGUGCCAGACCAUCCAUGGCCACAAAGGCCCCAUCACCGCCGUGGCGUUCGCCCCCGACGGCCGGUACCUCGCCACCUACUCCAACUCCGACAGCCACCUCUCCUUCUGGCAGAUGAACACGUCCCUGCUGGGGAGCAUCGGGAUGCUGAACUCGGCGCCGCAGCUGCGCUGCAUCAAGACCUACCAGGUGCCGCCGGUGCAGCCGGCCUCGCCCGGCUCCCACAACGCCCUGCGCCUCGCCCGCCUCAUCUGGACCUCCAACCGCCACGUCAUCCUCAUGGCCCACGACGGCAAGGAGCACCGCUUCAUG